CGUUACUGUUAUGUUCAAGUCCGUCACUCGGUAGUAGGCCGUGCUGACUAACCAGUGUAAACACCGAAUGCCGGUGGCAGGGAGCCCCAAUUUUGUAGGACUCAUGACACUGGAGGUCAAAAGUUGCUACAAUAUUAGAAUCAUGCACAAGGAGGGCUGAAUCAAUUUCGGACGGUCUUUUCAGAGAUUCAAGUCCGCGCCUCAGGACUGUGAGGGUAAUUCCCAAGAGAAGGAUGGCGAUACUAGUAAGGCCCGAUAGAAUCUCUCUUCCGGCAUGGCACGUGACAAUCUUCACUCACGUGAUACGAUAGGGCCGAGGGCUGCCCACCCACCGGUCUUUGCCCGAAAGAGGCCGGCGGGAAUCCGACGUUGUCGCCGCCUCUUAAGGCCGCCCCCAUUUCCACCCCCACAAACCGCCUGGUUCGGCGUAUCAGCCGACGAAGGACCGGCGGCAUUUCGGUCGACAUUCAACCUGAGGUGAAUUAAAUCGAGCAUUCAAAUGGACGACAAAAGAGCGUUGUCUUUGAAUGUGAGACAUAGCAACGAAAUAUUUUUCUUCGUAUCACAGACUCGGCCAUUUCCUCUAACGUUACCUUCUCUUGAUAUUCAAAAAGUCAAUCACAAUCACUAAUUGCCGUUGUUGCUGCCGCUGUUAGCCACUCCAUUGGGUUUUCUGCAAGACUAUUAAAAAAGAUACACGACUCUUCAUUGUGUAUCGAUAGCUUAUACAACAAAACCUGGGGUGAUAUAGCACACUCAGACCUUGAUCUUACCAUUUAACAAAAAGAUGGCGUCAAAUACCUUGUCCGACUCUUUCCCGCAAGUGGGCUUCAUCGGCCUGGGAGCCAUGGGCUUCGCCAUGUCGACUCACCUGGUUCGGACGGGCUUUCCAGUCCGCGGAUACGACAUCUACGGACCGACGUUGGAGCGAUGGCAGAAGACGUGCAACGAGAUCCCGAAUUCGCGAGCGACGACGGCCACAUCUCCCGCGGAAGCCGUCAAGGAUGCCCCCGUGGUGUGUCUGAUGGUAGCGAACCACCACCACGUGCACUCUGCGCUGUUUGACGAGAAAGUCGGGGCCGUGCACGGCCUGCGCAAGGACUGCACCGUGAUAAUCAACGCGACGAUCCCUCUGACGGAGCCCCUGAACGUGCGGUCGAGGUUGACCAACGAAUUCAAGCGGCCGGACGUCAAGCUGAUCGACGCCCCUGUCUCCGGAGGCGUGGCACGGUCAAUCAACGGCACCCUGACCAUCAUGGCUUCGACGGACGAGCCGGCCAUCUUGGAGCAGCCCGAACCAAGAAUCGUCCUGGACAACCUCACCACCAAGGGCAAGACUUUGUUCAUCAUCCCCGGCACGUUGGGCGCCGGCCAGUCCGCCAAGGCACUGAACCAAGUCAUGGCCGGGAUUCACAUCCCUUCCGCCUCGGAGAUUAUGGGCCUGGCCGCCAUCAAUGGUCUCGACACCCAAAAGUUCUACGAUUUCGUCGUCUCCAAGGAUCCGGCGACCGGGAACCAACGGCCCGGCUGGAGCUGGAUGUUCGACAACCGUGGACCCCGCAUGUUAAGCACCAACCCGCCCCUGGCCUCCGCGACCGCCAUCAUCAACAAAGACGUCGGUAUUAUCCAAGAUGAGGAGGCCAGACUAGGAGUCGAGCUGCCUUUGCUCAACAAGGCCAGUGACGUUCUAAAGGAGGUCAUGAAAACCCACGCCGCUGCCGACGACAGCUGCAUUGUCCAGUGGUAUCUGGGCUUCGAUUCCGAGAGAGCUGGCCUUGUUGUCGAACGGGCUGGAAAGCCCACUGUCGCAGCCGAGAAGCAGGACGACUUGAUCCGGAAGGUCGCCACGGCCCACGCCGUCAUUCACCUGGUCUCCGCCUACGAAACCAUCAAAUUCGCAAAGGCCUUGGAUCUCAUGCAUCCCGACCAGCGGAAACAGUGGUACAGUCUGAUUGCCGGUGCCGCCGGCGGGAGCGCCAUCUUCUCCGAGGUCAUCCCCCGCGCCUUUGAAGAUGCUGAUGGCGUCGAUGCCGCUUUCAGCAAGUUUGCAAAGGAGAAGUUCGCAAAUGCUUUGGAAUCGACCACCUCCCUUAUUACCGAUGCAAAGAGACAGAACUACCAGCCAGUACUACUGGAAGCCGCCGUUGGGUUCUUGAAAACCUUUUUGAGUCAGUAGUGAUUUGACUUGCGGGAAGCUCGCAAGCUGUUGAUCAACGCCAAAGAACCAUAAAAGUUCCCCUUUGGUAUCAGCUUCAUUGGCGGGAUUGGAGGAUGAAGCUGUUCCUGUAAAUACUGUCAGCACGAUAUACCCAAUAUGAUUAUUCAUGAUAGACAUUAGCAGACAUUAUUGUCGUCAGCGACCAUGCACC